AUGGACGGCAUACAGAUGGAGCCUGUUGGCAAAUACAAGCCGGAUAGGAACGGUUCUGCUAAGGCAGCUGCCUGGCGUAAUAUGGUGGAUCAAGAUUUAGAUGAUGUAGCGUUUCUGGCUGACUCGGAUAAAGCGCGCGAAAUUCGCGAGCUUCGAGAGACACCCGUUGCAGUAUGUUCUCAACGGCGUGCCUUAUGUCUUGCCGCACUUGUCUUCUCUGCAAUGUUUGCUACAGCACUGAUAGUAGUAUAUGCAGCACCUAACUCAGAUUGUCCAUGUGCAGGAGAAGCUACACUCAUUCCCGGACAGCCCCCUACUGAUUCCGAAUCGAACGUUGCUGCUACUAACAAGGAAAGGAUAGCGAGUAAUGGUGCAGUGUUCCCAUGGCGGGGGGCUCGUCUGCCAACCUUCGUUAUACCAAAACAUUACAGCUUAUGGCUACAUCCGAAUUUAACAACUGGCGAAUUGAGAGGUGAGGUCUCAAUAGACUUCAAGGUAGAUCGAGACACAACCUUCGUAGUAUUAAACGUACGAGAUAUGAACAUAACCGAACGAGCUCUUUUCAAGUCUGGAGGAUCCCUUGGACCGAAACUGAACAAAGCUUUGGACUAUCCUCAAGCAGAUCAGACCUAUAUAGAAUUCAAGGAGAAACUUCGACGUAAAUACAACUACACACUCAGUCUCCGGUUCAUCACCAAACUCGAGAGAAGUGAAAAGCUUAGAGGUUUCUUCUUAACUGGAACUCAUAGACACCGUUGCGCAGUCUCCCGAUUCUGGCUGACUCACGCACGUUCUGCGUUCCCUUGUCUGGAUGAACCUCAUUUCAGAGCCACCUUCAAGAUUACUAUAGUCAGAGAUCGAUUUCAUGUCUCCCUGACAAACAUGCCUAUAGUGACCACCGAAGAAGCAGGCUUCUAUUUAGGCCACAGAUUGCUCCAAGAUGGCUUCGAAGUCACCCCCCCAAUGCCGCCUCAUAUGUUAUCUUUAAGCGUCUGUCGUCUUCAACGCCGAGCUGCGCCUGAAUUACCCACCGAAGCGACUCCGAACAUUACCGAGCAAGUGACGAUAACGCCCGAAGCGACCACGGAAAUUGCCGAAGAUGAGGUUUUACCGCCACCUGAAAUAAGUUUGUACAGUGACCAACAAGUGAUAUUGAACGAGGCUGGACCUCUUCUUGAAUGGGUGCAGAAGACCAUCCAGCAUUUUGCCUUUGAACUGAACACGUCAUAUCCUUUGCCGAAAUUCGACAUCGUGGUGGUCGAAGGAGGGAACUCUUACUCAGAGGGAUGGGGGCUCAUCACUCUAUCUCCUUCGACGCUGACCGAUACCAAAACUAUAGCAAGACUUCUGGCGCAACAGUGGUUUGGUGGUUUGAUAUCCCCGCGUUGGUGGUCCUCUCAGUGGCUGUUAGAGGCGCUGACAUCAGUCCUUGCUGAGAAGGCUCCAGCGGCGCCACACAGUGAGGCUCAGAGGCCGGCUGAUGCGUUACUGUUGGAUCAUGUGUUGCCUGCGCUAAGGUUGGACUCUAGUAAUUCUGUGAGAGCUGUGGCUUCUCCAAGGUUGGAGAGAGCUGAUAUAGAAGGUGCCACUGAUGAACUGUCUCUACAUAAGGGCGCAGCCAUUGUCAGUAUGGCCAUAGAAGCGGCGGGAGAAUCGGCCGGUCGGGCAGCACUCGCGCGACUGUUGCGCGAUCAUCGAUACGCUAGUGCCGAUGCAAGGGAUCUCUGGCGAGCCUUAGAAAGGGAUGGGACUGAGGAAGGUACCGGUGGAGCCGCGUGGGAUGGCUGGUGCGAACGCCCUGGAUAUCCUCUACUUUGUGCUACGUCUUUAGGGAAUGAUGUACUUCUGAAACAAGAGAGAUUCGUAAUGUCAGCGGAACCUCCCGACCCUGAGCCUCCAAUGCUAAACUAUUUGCUGACUCUGGACCUUAGAGCUGAUCUUGAUGAAUUGUUUUAUGAGCCUGAGAACUUCACAGAGAUAAUGGAGGAGGAUCUCAACGCUACCAGCACGACGACCCCACUACCAACCACUCGCCGAACAACGGUAAAGACGACCAAGCUCCCGCCCCACAGGUGGAUCAUACCCGUCACGUUUGUGGUGGGACCUUUGGAUGAAGAAGAUGAGAAUGUCACGAGGGUGUGGAGGAAUUUGACUGAGGGUGUACACAAUGGAACUUGGUACGACGUAGGCAAUGAAACGAAACGUGUGUCCCGUUGGAUUGAAAAUGUGACGCACCUCAUAUGGAUGAACGAUACUGAGCUGUUGAUCCCAGACCUUGGCAAGCAUAAGUGGGUGAGGUACAAUGUGGGAGCCCGAGGCCUGUAUCGAGUAGCACCUCAAGACAGGACUGACGGAGAGACAGCAGAAUCAGCGGCAUCUCGUGCGGCUGAAAUAUACGCGAGCGGUGCGGCUGCAGAACGAGCGUUACUGCUCGACGAUGCCUUUGUCCUCAGCCGAGCUGGACGACUACCUGCCAGUCGUGCUAUAGCUGCUAUCUCACGAUUGAGUACAGAAACCCACUGGGCUCCAUGGCGUGUUGUUCUCAACCACCUCUCCUGGUGGAGGGAACUAUUGCAGCUUUCAUCAUCUGGCCCUCAUCUCAUCAAGCUCCUUAGCACGCUGCAGCCUCCUGUGGUAAAUGUGUAUACCGCUGAGCAGAUCAGCAGUCAUUCACUUGGAGAGGAUCUACUAUGGUUAAGUGGAGCUCUUCUUACGGCUGGAGUAGAAUGGGAGAACCCGGUGGUUACAAAACAAGCUGUUGAACUAUUUGAUGCUUGGCUUGAACGGAACCAGUCUAUUCCGGAAAAUUAUCAAGAGGCGGCGUUCACGGCGGGAGUCCGCGCGCAGGGGGCGCGUGCGUGGGGCGCGUGCUGGCGCGCGCUCACCGCCUCGUGCGCCGCGCCGCGCCCCACGCUCUCGCACCGCGCGCUGCUCACCGCGCUCGCCUCGCCCACCGACGACUGGCUCUUCUAUCGGUUCGCAUUUUCAGUGUUAUCGACUGAAGCACAGCGCGGUCGUGAGUGGAGGCUUUGGGUGACUACCCUGUAUACGAGUACUUGUAGAUGGAGAGGGGCAGCCGGAAUAUGGCGUAUAUUACGACCAAAUCCAGUUCUACCACCACCAGCUCUGCAAGCAGCGGCGCGGUGCUUAUACCAGCCCUAUGAUUACUAUCGGUUCAAAGAGCUUUUCGGGGAGUACCGCGGCGCUUCGAUAGCGUUAGACACCAUUGCACUAAACGCAGCGUGGGUCCAACGAGCCGACAGCGACCUGACACGAUACUUUAACGCCUUGGGCCAACACUGA